AUGCUGCUCUCCUCCAGUCAUGCUAAACCCAUCGAUUUAUUUGACUUCCAAGGUGUUCGAAGACGAAUUUUUCUCGCUGCAGACUAUUCGACAAACGACGAACGUUUAAAGCCAUUACCAACAACAAACAACGUUCUCACCGAGUACGAUGAGCUGGAUCAUGCUGACGAGCAAUUCGAGUCGUAUGUUCACCCGGUGAUCGAUCAAUCUCAAUGGAUUGUUGACCGUCAACACGAACGUCGUGAGCUUGAUCGUUUCGGAGACAUUGUUGAUUAUUAUCAACAUAAACCAAAUUUGAAUGAUUUCGAAAAACGAGUGAUUAAACGCAUGACACGUGUUCAUCGAGCUGUUCAAACCGAAGAAGAGCCGGAAAGCCUGUCGAAAUCAAACAAGAAUCGCAAACGUGAACAGACCGUUCGCAUUCCACCAGCGACUUCCAUGAAGCGAAUCGAAGAAUUUUUAGCUGAAAACAAAUGGCGAUUGGUAGACUUAUUCCGAACGUUGGAUUUAACGAAAUCAUGGACAGUUGUUAAAGAAGAUUUCAUGCGUUUAGCUGCAAGAGAAAAGCUUCAUAUGACCGAGAAAGAAGCGGAUGAAUUACUUACAUGUAUUUGUGAAGAAAUUCAUACGCCAAUGAAUUACAAGAAAUUUGCGCAUGGAAGAUCGCUUUACAAGAAAAGUCUCCGAAAUCUCGAAGAAUCGUCAAACGCUCAAUCUCAAACUACCGAUGCAUCACAUCAUUACCCAGUGCGAAACAGCACAUCGUCUUACAUUCGAUCGACCAUAUCGUCCUAUGCGAAAUAUAAAAAAACAAUGACCUAG